GCCGUCGGCGUCACGCGGAAGAUGGCGGCGUCCAGGGGCCGCUGAGGGCUCGGGGCAAGCUGCAAGAGAAGUUUCCGUACGGCCGAGGGCGCGACUCGGGGAUCCCCUCGCUCCGGGUUUCCUGCUCUCGGGGUUCGCGCCGCGCCUCCUCCCGGGCCCUUGGGAGCCAUGUGGCGGAGCUGCCACCGGCUGAGGGACUGGGGGCGCCGCCUCCUGAGCCGGCCCCCGGGUGGCCCCGCCGCCUCCCUGGGGCCGGGGCCAGGCCCCCUGUCCCCGGCCCGGGCCUACGUCCCCCCGGCAGAAAGGAAGAGGUUUUAUCAGAAUGUCAGCAUCACCCAGGGUGAAGGUGGCUUCGAGAUAAACCUAGACCACAGGAAGCUGAAAACUCCCCAAGCCAAGCUCUUCACCGUCCCCAGCGAGGCCCUGGCUAUCGCGGUGGCCACUGAAUGGGAUUCCCAGAAGGACACCAUCAAGUCCUACACCAUGCACCUGACCACGCUGUGCAACACCUCCCUGGACAACCCUACCCGGCGGGACAAGGCUCAGCUGAUCCGGGCGGCCAUGAAGUUCCUGGACACCGACACCGUCUGCUACAGGGUGGAAGAGCCGGAGACGUUGGUGGAACUUCAGAAGAAUGAGUGGGAUCCAAUUGUUGAGUGGGCUGAGAAGAGGUACGGCGUCGAGAUCGGCUCCUCCACCAGCAUCCUGGGACCCCGCAUCCCAGCCAGGACCCGGGAGGUGCUCGCCAGCCACCUGGCGUCCUACAACCUGUGGGCGCUGCAAGGGAUCGAGUUCUUGGUGACCCAGCUCAAGUCCCUGGUGCUGGCCCUGGGCCUGCUGGACCUGCACCUGACGGUGGAGCAGGCCGUGCUGCUGUCACGCCUGGAGGAGGAAUACCAGAUCCAGAAGUGGGGCAACGUCGAGUGGGCCCACGACUACGAGCUGCAGGAGCUGCGGGCGCGCACGGCUGCCGGUGCCCUCUUCGUCCACCUCUGCUCUGAGAGCAGCACGGUCAGGCACAAGCUGCUGCAGGCGUGACGGGGCCCCGAGCCGUCCCCCCGAGCCGUCCCGGACGCAGGUGGCUGUCCCGAUGGGCCGUCCCGUUCCAGCCCAGGCACCCAGGCCCCGGCCUGCAGCGAGCGAAGAUGCGGGGACGAGCUGUGGCAUGUGGCCCUCCACCCUCAUCUCGUUAACCCCUGCCUGCCCCUGCACCGCCCACAGCCCCACCCUCGGGCUGUCCGGGGUCACCGGGGUGGGCAGCUUAGCCUGCCCGGAUGUGUGACAUGCUCGGCCCUCAGCCGCCCUGGGCCAGGGCCCUCCCACGGGGGAGAUCAUGCCACCACCCCACAACUCGCCGUGAUCUUUAGCCCUCAGCUAGAGGCUUUUUUCUUUCCUGGUUUUAAUCAGUUGAUCUUUUGGGAGUGAGUCCUUGUUCUAAACAGAUGUUUCUGUGUGUUCUUACUGUUCUAGAAAAAAGUGAUUUACUCUUGAAAAUAGGAAAUCUGCAUUGUUCCCGUGUUUCAAAGUCUGAGCAGGCCCGGGGCCAGAUGUGGGUUUUCUGUGAGCCCCGACAGGGCUGCCUUCGGGGCCAGGGCCUGAGCCAGGCUGGGGCGGUGCCCAUGUCUGUGCUUCCCCAAGGGGCUCGGACCCUUCCUUGAGCUCUGAGCUGACGGCGCUGCGGCCCCGCCCUGAGCCCGCCCUGGUCCCUGCUGAGAGCCCGUCUCCCCUCCCCUUCAGUUGCCUCAGCACCCGGAGGAGAGACGGGCUCAGCCACCAUCGGGCUCAGCAGCCGUCCUGGGGCCUCACGGGCCACGGCUCAUGGCGGGGUCGACGCUGGCCGAUCGCUGGCGGCCCCCAGGGCUCUGCGGCUCGUCUGGAUCUUUGUGUCCUGCUCACCCACAAAUGGAACUCUGACUUUUCUUUCUAAGAAUGAGGAAAGGUGACCUAAGUCCUUUAUUUAUUUUUUUUACAUUUGGAAGCGUUUCCAAGGCUGGGGAAGUGUGUUGAGGAGCCGCGGGCGGAGAGGGUCGGCGAGGCGCGUGCCUUCCUGGCCGGGGGCGGCGGCACCUAAUCCAUGUCGCCGAGCUCCAGGUUGUCCAGCGCGUUCCGCACAUAGUCCACGUACCGGUUGAUCUCCUUCACCCGCCUGCGGUUCCUCAGGAUUUCAUCCUUGUGAAUCUGGGGAGGGAACCCAGCGCCCGACUCCGACUUCAGACGACGUGUGACCAUCUCUCCCCGAGCGCAGUCGGAGGGGGAGGAAGGGGACUCUAGAAUCCACUAGUUCACCUUCCUCGUCUGCUCCCAACCCCAGCCCUGCCCAUCCCGGGCCCCCCCCGGUUCUGCGGAUCAGGUGGGAGUGAGGAAAACGAAGCCUGUGGGUGGAGUUAAGUCUUCAGCAUGGACGACUACAUCCCUACUUGUGUUCCUUCUUUCCCUUUUGUCCUCACUGCCAGCUGCACACGCUCACCAGGCGCGGACCCCCGGUUCCCCCUGCCUCCGUGGCCGAGGCGUGUACCCACCUUGUCCACCAGGUGCGCACACCACGAGUUGACUCUGGUCACCAGCUCGUCCUCACGGUUGUCGAUCUUCAGGAGGUGGAUGUCGUGCGAGGCGCCGACGGCGUUGACGAUCGUGUCUUUGUCGACAAAGAGCUGAUGCAGAGAGAGGGGCCGGGUGAGGCUGGGGGUGUCGUCAGGCCCUGCGCACCAAGGCAGCCGUGGAGAGGGGGACCCCAGGUAUCCCUGGCCUUCGUAUGGCAUGUUUUUCUUCUCUGCCACCUUCAGGCCACAGCCCAGGCCCCAGCGUUACAGGGAAGGGGUGGCCGGGGGUGCUGUCUCUGGAACCCCAGCUGUGAGCGUGUUUUCUCCAGGGAGAAGGCAGGUGGCCGCCCCCGUGGUGUCCCCUGCUCGGGCCAUCUGCCGUCCCCUGGCUGUGGGAAUACUGACUGCCCUCUGGCCUGACCUGUCUCGAACCUCUGCUGGGCAGUGGGAGCUGUGAGGCUGGUGGGGGGUCUCAGGGCUGCUCCCAAGGACAGAGGGCCCCGCAGACCGCCGGGUGCUUAGCCCAGAAGUCUCCCCCCUGCCCCUGAACGCUAAUGAGAGUGUCUUUGACUCCCCCUGGGGCUCCCUUCUCCUCCUCUUGCUCCCUCUUGUCUUCUGCCUUGUAAGGAGUUGUUAAAACGACCCCCUCAAACAGGCCUGGCUGGUUCUAGGUGUUUGCUCUGUGGCUGCUGUGUGCGAGGGAAGGUAGAAGUUGAAUGGAAUCAUGGAGCUGGUGAAAGGGGCUUAAGUGUUUAGCAAGUGGUCGCGUCCGCUCUGAAGGGAGGUGCUUUACAAUGCCAGGGGGGCGAGGGGCCUGCACUGCUCUCACAUCACAGCGAGGACUGCGGGGCUACUUUGUUUUAUGGGUUUCAUUUCUUUUUCAGAUAGUAGCAAUUAACUUAGUCUCCAAAAUAUAUUCUGUGAAAUCUUGAGAUGUUAAUUUUUCUGCAAAAAGAGUAUUUUUUGUUCAUGGGUGUGUGGGGAAAGCCUGCAUGCAUGAGUGGGCUGAGAAACGGCCCCCUAAAGAUACGUUCGCUUCCUGAUCUCUGGAAUUUGUGGUAUUACCUUACGUGGCAAAAGACGGGGUGAAGUUAAGGAGCCUGAGGCGGGAGAUGACCUCAGACUGCAGAGUGGCCCUGAAACGCAAUCACCUGUCCUUGUAAGAGAAGCAGAAGGGGUUUUGACGCAGACGCGUGCACAGAGCAGGCCAGGCGGAGAGCAGUGACGCAGCCACGAGCCACCAGAAGCUGGCAGAGGCCAGGAACGGACCCUCCCCGGAAGCUUCUGGAGAGAACACGGCCCCCCCAACACCCUGAGGAAGAUCUCUGGCCUCCAGGACUGUGAGCAAAGAAACGUCUUUUGUUUCAAGCCGCCGGGUUUGUGGUCAAUCGUUACAGCAGCCACAGGCCAUCCACGGACACCCUCUCUCCUCCAGAAGCCUCAAGAGCCUAUGAAGACCCCGGAAGGUGCUGCAGAACGGGAACCUUUUCAACUUUGUUGGUUUUCCAGCUUAUCUGGCCUCAGACGCCUUUUCAGAGUAAUUCCUGUUAACAUCCUGUGGGAUGCUGGUUUUCCAUGGAAUUCUGUGUGAGAACAGCCAGGUUAGCGGGGGUGGGAGUGGAGCGUCUGGGGAACCGACUGGCACCGUUGCAGGAGAGAUGGCACCGUUGCAGGAGAGAAGUGACAAGAAGUUGUUAAGGUCUUCUCGGUGGGUGGAAGAUCCCAGGCCAGGCUCUGGGGCCCGGAGACACCGGCCUUCCCGAGCGCCUCGGAAGCACAAGCAGGCGCGGUCGUCCCCGGGCACAUCGCAGCUGUAUUUCAGAAACACCACAACCACGGCCUCAACCCAUCAAGAGAAGAUCCGCACUCUUCAUUUUUAAAAGGGGACUGGAGCUGAUACCCUAAGGCCCGCAGAGAAAUCCGCUCCUAAGUUUUACAUCCGUAGAAUACAGCCUCUGCAGCCGUGGGAAGCAGCAGAAACUAAAGUCUGCUUAGAAAUGUAAGAGGUUAAAAUUGCCUGUGAGAACUGGUAGGACGUUUGUAAAAUACAAAUUAGGGAAUUAAAGAAAUGCUGUAGAA